AAGAAAAACAAAGUACUCCUAACCUUAAAUCCUAUCUAUUGAAAUGGCUCAUCAAGGUCCACCCUCUCUUUGCUCCCCUCUUCAAGCUACAGAAAUUAGCAAGCGCGAGGUUGCAAAGCCCGAAGUUGCUCGCAAUGGCUGAUUAUCACCCAUCAGUGUGGGGGGAUCACUUCCUUAACUACUCUGUGGAUGAAAUGAAGGUGUAUGCAUGGACUAAACAGGUUGAAAUUCUCAAGGAAGAAGUGAGCAGGAUGCUGGUAAACGCUAAGGGGUCGGUGCAAGAAAUGGAUCUGAUCGAUGAUAUCCAACGGCUUGCAAUAGCGUAUCACUUUGAAAAGGAGAUCGACGAGGCAUUACACCGUAUGUAUGAUGAAUAUACAAAUGUUCAUUAUGAUGAUUUAUACGUAGUUGCCCUACGAUUCCGACUGCUAAGGCAAGGCGGCUACAAUGUGUCUUCCGGUACAUGAAUUUCCCUCCCACCCUCUCUCUCUAUCCUCUCUCUUCCCUCGCUCCCUAUGUGUGUAAGCUUAUUUAUGUAAGAAACAACACAUGAUGUUUAUGUUGUUGAUGUCUCAAAUCUUUUCAGCAAUAGGGUUUGAAGAUGCUAUCGACAGACCAUUCAAUGCUAUCGAGAG